UUCUAUACAUUUUCUUUAAUUACUACAUACUUUUCUUUCAAUUUUUUUUGGAAAAUAUGGACACAAAUUCGACGUGGAGUCACCAUCAAAACAAGUUGUUUGAGAAUGCAUUGGCCAUUUACGACACUGACACUCCAAACAGGUGGCGUAAAUUGGCCAAUGCAGUUGGUGGAAAAACAGAAGAAGAAGUGAAAAAUCACUAUGAAAAACUUGUUGAAGAUAUUAAGCAUAUUGAGUCUGGAAAUGUUCCUUUGCCUAAUUAUAAUGGUGGUCGUAACAAUAAAGGCUACAAUUUCAUGGAUGAAGAACAAAGGUUGAAAUAUCUGAAGCUCCAAUGAAAGGAAGAAAUUGAGCAAUGGAACUCAAAUGUAGUCAACAAAUAAUUAUGUCUUUCUUUUAAAGCGACAUUUUAUAUUCUGCUUUUCAUUGGAUAAAUUUCCUUUGAGAGCAACAAUUAAUACAUGCAUGAAGUUAACAGUGGAGGAUCUAGAGUAUGAUGUGCGAAUUUAUGGGAAUUUUAUAGCUUUUGCUCAGAUUUUAUAUAUGUAAUAAAAAUUCACUAAAUAUCUAUAAAUAUUUGACUAUGAAUCUAG